UUAUGCUUUAUUUCUGUCUCUUUUUCAAGAUGUACCAGCACCUUAAAAUGACCUCUGCGAUGUCAGACUGAUGUGAUAGCCGCUGGCUGCUAUCAUGAGAAGAGGAGGCAGCCUGCAGGAGCACCAGCUGAAAGCAGAAGGGCCAGAAGCAGUUACAGGGAAGCCACACAGUAUCUACACUGACACACCUGUGGCAGCAGAGACGCUGCUCAUCAUCUCCUCAUUCCUGCAGUCCACCGACCACACACAUCCCAUCGAGAGGCUGGAGGGCGGUCUGGCGGCGGCGUGCAGGGCUGACGGUUCGCUGCUGGGCUCGGAGGACGGCGGGCUGGACCCCCAGCGCACACGGCAGGCCAUCGCACAGCUGCAGCAGAAGAUCCUGAAGCUCACCGAGCAGCUGCGCAUCGAGCAGGCGGCCCGCGACGAGAAUGUGGCCGAGUACCUCAAACUGGCCAGCAAUGCCAGCGACAAACAGCAGAGCUCCCGCAUCAAACAGGUGUUUGAGAAGAAGAACCAGAAGUCUGCGGCGAGCAUCGCCCAGCUGCAGCGUAAGCUGGAGCAUUACCACCGGCGUCUGCGUGAGGUGGAGCACAGCGGCGUGCAGCGGCAGCCCAAAGACAUGCUGCGGGACAUGCAGCAGGGCCUGCGAGAUGUGGGCGCCAGGGUCAUCACGGGCCUCAGCGAGGGGGUGGUGGACAGCGUCAAGGGCGGACUGUCCAGUUUCUCCCACGUCACGCACUCGGCCGCCGGGGCCGUGGCCUCCAAACCUCGUGAGAUCGCCUCACUGAUCCGCCACCGCUUCGGCAGUGCUGAUAACAUCAGCGUGCUGAAGGACGGGCCAGAGGAUGCCGAGGACGGUGUGGCCGCUGCUGGACGCUCUCUGGGAUCCGCCGGCGGACACCUGCAGUCCAGCCCCAAGUUCGGCAGCGAUGAGGACUGUUCGAGUGCGACCUCGGGAUCGGUGGGAGCCAACAGCGUGACGGGGGCCCCCGGGGGCCCGCCCAGCUCCAGAGGAAACACACUAGAACGGGGCCACAGCGGCAGCCUGGACAUGUUGCUGCAGGAGCUGCAGGAGCUGCGAGAUGCUCAGACGCGACUGGAGGAGACGUCCUUCACUAUCCCUUCAUCUCUUAAUCUGCUUCCUCGUUCAUGUUUUGAUUUCCUCUCUCCCUUGCUCUUCCACACACCCCCACAUUGUCUCCAUCUUCAGGUGUUUGAGAAGAAGAACCAGAAGUCUGCGGCGAGCAUCGCCCAGCUGCAGCGUAAGCUGGAGCAUUACCACCGGCGUCUGCGUGAGGUGGAGCACAGCGGCGUGCAGCGGCAGCCCAAAGACAUGCUGCGGGACAUGCAGCAGGGCCUGCGAGAUGUGGGCGCCAGGGUCAUCACGGGCCUCAGCGAGGGGGUGGUGGACAGCGUCAAGGGCGGACUGUCCAGUUUCUCCCACGUCACGCACUCGGCUGCCGGGGCCGUGGCCUCCAAACCUCGUGAGAUCGCCUCACUGAUCCGCCACCGCUUCGGCAGUGCUGAUAACAUCAGCGUGCUGAAGGACGGGCCAGAGGAUGCCGAGGACGGUGUGGCCGCUGCUGGACGCUCUCUGGGAUCCGCCGGCGGACACCUGCAGUCCAGCCCCAAGUUCGGCAGCGAUGAGGACUGUUCGAGUGCGACCUCGGGAUCGGUGGGAGCCAACAGCGUGACGGGGGCCCCCGGGGGCCCGCCCCGCUCCAGAGGAGUGCUGAUAACAUCAGCGUGCUGA